CUUGUUUUUUAAGGAGCUUUUUUCUUGUAACCGUUUUUCGUCCAUUGUCAUGCUGUCAAUAAGUGAAACACGAUCUCCGCUUAUCAUGUGUUAGGGAAGCAAAGGGUUAAGAAUCCCCAGCAGGCAAACGCUGGAAAAUAAAUCAUAACCAUUUGAGUAAAUGAAUGACAUCUUUGUUUUCUAAAGUCCGUCACAGCUUUGGGGCGACGCUACACUGGGCAGAAUUGAAACAGAACCGAUUUCCACGGGAUAAAUUGGUACAGAUCUUCAUUGUUAUCUCGAGAGCGCUGUGCCGAGGAUUAGACAGGAAAUUAUCGAGGCUAUGAAUUCCCUAAUAAUUGUGUUUGUCGUCGUCGUUUUCUGUGGCAUAGGCCUGAGUCAGGUUAUAACAUCAUGUCCAAAGCAGUGCUUCUGCGAGGAACAAUUUUUUCCCGAAACGCAAGGCUAUGGAGUGAAAGUGAACUGCUCAGGGAGAAGACUGAAGAAGUUUCCUCGGCCCCUUCCACAUGUCACUACGACAUUGUAAGUAAAUGCGUCAAUGUUUCUGUACUGCAGUGUUCGUCAUGAAAGGUUUACGUAAAAAGGCGAAAUAUCAGAGCACGUUCGCAAAAUGGAUGCCUUAGUCAGUUUGCAUGAUUGAGUAAUCAGGUAAACAGAGUUUGAUCAAUUAGUUAAUUACUCAAUCUGUUGUCACGAGUGCAGCUGCGUGUAUAAGGAGUCACAAUGAAUAUCAUCGAUGAAGAGAUCUAUUAACAAACAAAAGGAUUCGUGUAUAUUUAGAAACAAUAAAUUAUUACAUGACAAAAGGUUCCUUUGUAAUGCUGUUCUCUCUGGCUAUCAAAGGAAAAUAACAAAACAUGAUGACAGCAGUUCAGACGUUGCGAAUUAAGACAAUUAACAAAUCGAUCAUUAGCCAAUCCAAUUACAAAAUCUUUAGCGUCAAUUUUGUUCGCGAAGUUUCCAACUUUAUUGAUUGUUCGGACUCAAUUUCGUCGAGACUGGAAUUCAAAUACAAAGCCAUCUACCAUGCAGUGUAAAAUCGAUGUUUAUCAAGAAUGGAAACAUCUCGAGGUUAGAUUGGAAAAGAUCGAGAGAAAGGAGUACACGAUUUUAAUCAAGACGGUUGAUCAGUCGCUAUCGAUUGGCAAUUUGUUGUGUGGGAUAAGGGAUAUCACCAAAGUAAAGCACUUUCUUUCUACAUUCAUCCCUAUCAAAGGAAACAACCCACAUCCUGAAGAACCGAAGUAUCAAUUUCCCGUUAAGUCUCUGGUAUGAUAAAAAUUAAACAAACUUGCAGCAAUUUGUUUUGUUACGAGAUAAAAAUAAAUCCGCCAGCUUCACGCUGAUUUUGGUAGGAUGCUGCACUGUUAGUAGUUCUCCUUCGCAAUUGUUUGGUAUCGUCAAAAGACGCGAUCUCUCUCUCUCUCUCGGGUUGAAGGUCGAGACAUGUUUCCCCUAAAAAAUUUAUAACAUAACCAGUACUCUUAAAAAAAAAAAAGGCAGCACUUAGCGAACGAUUAUGAAGAAUUUGUACAAACCAUGUAAAGAUAACACAAAGAACUCAGGCAUGUGCGUGGACUCUGGCUGACAAGGCUCGUUAUUAUUUGAAGCUAUUUUGGAGAUUUCAUGUAACAACCUCAUCCAAUUUAGGGACUGUCACGAAACAAAUAGUGUUCAUUAGCACUGUCGUAAGAACAAGGCUGAACGGUUUCUAAAUUAAGCAGCUAUAUUCUAUUUUCUGACAUAUACCAGGCUACUACAGAACAACAGAAUAUCCAAGCUGGAAGGAUGGCACUUCUCUGGAAUGAUCUAUCUCAGGAUCUUGUAAGUGUCUGUGGGUGAUUAAGCUCGUUUUCAUGUUAUUACGCAACGCGCACAACUCUGGGUAAGCAUUGCGUGACGUCUUGCAAACAUCUUGUAACGCAACGCUCACCCGCUGUUAGAUCGCGCCAUGAUUCUGCAAACAUCUUAAACGUUCUUGGCGAGAUCGCGCCAAGAUAUAUGCAUUCUAGACAUAUGAUGAUUGUGAUAAACAAAGUUAAGCUUGACAAUCUCGUGCGCGCAUUGAUUGCUCCGUGAUUCCCCCAACUUCUUGCCAAGGUUCAGCCGAGCGACCACAGCGAGAUCGCGCCAAGAUCUCAUUUGUCUUUCAUUGGGCGACGCACUUAAAAACUGGACAAUGGACAGAGAAGGUCGAUAACUUUUUUCACAAUCAUCAAGUUUCGAAGUUGAUUUAAUUUUCCUGUUAAUUGAUAAUUUAUUUCUACGCAGGCAUCUCGAAGGGAAUCGAAUAAAAAAGAUUGCAACAACUUCCUUGGGAUAUCUUCCUUCUCUUCAAACUUUGUAAGUUGUCUGAAGAUUACGAAUCAUAGUAGAUAAAUCAUUGUACAUAAAUUAUUGUACAUAAAUAAGAGGUUUCUUGGAUGCACUGGUUUUGUCUAUUAGGUAACUCAUAUGAAAAAGGAAGGCGACACUUUUUAAAAACGUUUUUCUUGGAAUAGAAUGAACGUUCGAUAUUAUGCGCAUAAAGUGAUACACAAAACAGCUUACCCCUCAGGUGUUAGUUAGAAAAUGAUCGGACCGGUGUGACCUGUGACUCGAAUAAUGGGCCUAGAUUUGAGUGAUCCACUCAAACUUUUUCGCCCUGCGUCUUACCGUCUUUUUUCCCACCAGGUAUUUGCAGAACAAUCGUAUCGAAGAACUGGCUUUCGGAGCAUUCAGAAAUUGUUCAAGACUUCAAACUUUGUAAGUAAGGCAUACUGAUGAAGUUUGUUUUUAGUUGGUAAGAUAAUAACUGAUUGCAUAAUAAUCACAUGAACCAAUAAGAUAGUGUCUCUUUAAAUUAGAACGUUUGCCAAACUCAAUUUCUCUUCUAGAAUUUUUGAUACCGCUUUAAAAUAUUUCUGAACUAUAACAUGAAUUCGUAAUCGUUGUUAAAUGCUUUUAAGAUGGUUUUUUGUUGAGUGAAUUUCAUUGUGCUCUGUUAUGAACAACCUGAUAUUACAGUGAAAGCAGAUUGAAAUACCUUAAUUUUUACCAUCGCAAAGGAAUCUUGCUAAGAACAAGCUUACUACCCUUCAGUAUGCUGCGUUUGAUGGACUGAAUCAACUGGAUGCAUUGUAAGUGAGCUUGUUGAGCCUUCAUUCAUGUCACCACUUCUGUUGUCUUUUUAUGUAUUCAUGUGACAUAUUAUUGUUAUCGUUCUAUGAAGCUAGUUAACAUGGCAUUCGCACAGUUUUUUACCUAGAAUUCAGUGAAGAUUAUAAUUCAAGUAACAAGAGAAAACAAUUCCUGAGAGAAUUUAAGGCUGCGACGUGGCUUGGAACUGUGCCUCUGUGAUAAUGAUUGCUUUCAGUAUAGAUAUCUCAUAAAUAAUAUUUGAGAUUAAUUUUGGUUAUGAAAACAUGAUAGGUAUUUAUCUUGGUAAUAUUACGGAUCACUUCCUCUUUCAAUCUACUUAUGUGAACCUGUCAGAACAAAAAUCGUUUACUCUCUUUUUGUUGAAGGGAUCUGAGUGCAAAUUUGAUCGGUUCUAUAGAAGAUGGGGCAUUUCUUGGUUUACAUCGUCUUAGAUCAUUGUAAGUAUAUUACCGACCCAGCCAUUGAUAAAGAAAGUCAUGGUCGAGAGUAUUAUGAUAAAGAAUCGACGUAAUGUGUCUUUUAACAAGCGAGUUUCAUGAUAACUGAACGAGUUUUUGCAGUUAGUGAGGUGAUCCGGAAAUUUCUUCGCGUAGUAAUAUUAAACCGCUGAAAAUGGAAAGACCACCGCGGGCGCAAAACUUUUGUCCUUAACCACCAUGUUUUCGAGGGGCUUUGUAGCGAUAACCUAAGUGAACGUGCUUUAUCGAUAUCUAAAUGCUAAACUAGUAGUCUAAGAAGCUAUUAUUUUGGACAAAAUUAUUCGCGUAUUCAAUUAAUUCCAUAUUCACUUCAUCAUGAAGAUGUGAUGGUCUUUUUGGAGUCAGGGAAAGAAAGAAGCCUCUAAGGCAGGGUCUCUAGGGUAAGCUGACGGGGGAACCCCUGACUCCCUCUCUCCCCUCCCCCCAACAACUGCAAACUACUUGAGAAAGUAGGAAAUGUUCCUCAAUAAACUUGUAAUCCGAAAAAAUAAUUCUUAAUGUUGAUUACUUGGUCGACCUGUAAUGUCAAAUGUUUUUACUCAGUAUUUGUUAUUCUAACUGCCAAAUUCCUUUUUAGGUCCCUAAGCCAAAACCAGAUUACAAAGAUUGGAGCGUACCUCUUUGCUGAUGUCUACUCUCUUACUUCACUGUAAGCCAUACAAUCUUAACUUUACUAAUCACUCACGUUUGGGUUUGACAAGAUGGAGGUCUCCUCCUAAUAGCGAGAAAGUUUUUCAAAAAACAAGAAGAAGUCUUUCCAUGAAUUUGAAGUUUCUCUUAUAACCCUUUACACCAAAGCUACUUCUCCAAUGUCUCAAAAAAGAGUAUGAGUGGCUACGAUUUAAAUUGACAUAACCUUGUUGCUAAUUCAUUGGUUCUCUCCCCAAUCUUGCAGAUACCUUUUUAGAAAUCAGAUUUCAGUUAUUGAAAAUGGUGCCUUUUCACGACUGCUGUAUCUCAAAAUUCUGUAAGUACUUCGGCUCUGUGGUGAGAGUUGAGAUAUCGAAACUACCAAGAUGAGUUUCAGAAAAUGAUUGACACCCUAACAUCAGUAUGUGCAUUCUCCAUACUGUUCUCUAUACAUUUACUAAGGUGCUGAAAUGGAGAAUUUGUUUAACAAUCAAGAGCUUGUUUAGUUGGUGAUCAUUUCUUUUAUUCUUGCGAUCUUAAUGCUUGAUUCAGGAUUGAUAUUGAAAGGAGAAUUUAGAUGCUAGUCACUCCAAGGGGUCAAUGAGUUAAGAUUUUCUUUUGACAUCAAUAAAAUAAUUGUUCCAUAGAAACACUGAUAGGCUGAUAGUGUGGUGUAUUUUCUUAUACCAUCAUGUAGAAUUGUACUGAGCUAUCGCUGCGUUAAGACACCACGACUUUCUUUUAAUUUCCGUAGGUCACUUUUUGACAACAAGAUUUCCGCAAUUCUUCAGAAAACUAUUGUUGGACUUGAGAACCUCGAGGAACUGUAAGUCAUGAACACCAAAUGAUCAGCUAAAUGAUAUGAAAAAACUUCUCUUUAAGACGGAAAUUUUUCAAACUUGAGAAAGGCGAAAGAUAGACCGUGGAGGAAAAUUCUCAAGGUUGAAUGAUUAAUUCCGUCAAAUUUUUAUCAAGAGGUCUUUUUGGCAAAAUCUCUUUCAAUAAUUUUUUUCUUUCGCAUGAAUUUUUUUUUCGGUUUCGAUUUUUGUGCCUCAGCGCCAGUAUUUUUAGUGACUAGCUAUCACUAACUCGCGAUUAUAUUUUCUUCCAUAGCUAUCUACAACGAAACCGAAUCUCUAAAAUUGAGCCAUGGUCUUUCUCAGCCACCAAGAAAUUACGAUUAUUGUAAGUACUUCGCUCAAUUUAACUUCAGGUAUUGCAUCGCGCUCAAACACGAAGUUCUGUCACAUUCCGCGGUAGAACAAAUUUGAAUGGUCAGUCUCUUUCGAAGGUCGUCCUUUGCGACGUGUUCAAACAUUUGGGACCAAACCUAAGUAUGCGCCGACAAAUCGAAUCAACGUUACUGUUUGGUUCUCAGAAAUUUUGUUUGACUUUUUCGAUAUUAAGAGUUUUGGAUUUGCCAGUUUGUAUUUGAAUCUGAACCAGAGUAAAGAGCUCUUUUCGAUUGAGUGUCAUAAAACCAAACCAAAGUUAUCACAACGACCAACCAGAAGAGUCACUGGAAAUUCAAAGUAACUACAACCAAACUGCCUAAAGCGCGGGAAAACGCUGGCGACCAUGUCGUGGUUGGUUUUAGUUUUGCAUCUGACUGGUUGAGAGAAAUUUUCUAAGGUUGAUAGAGUGGCGCGUGUUUUUUUUGACCAAUCACAGAAUGAAGUUAAGCAAAAUCUAUGCAGUCCCGGAUUAUUUUCGAGAUUUAGUUAAUUCCAAGGGUGUGGUUAAUAUGCUUAAAAGAGGGUUUGGUAGAGUUUGAAAAACUUAGUGAUAUUUUGACACCCUCCAAAUGAAGUGCAAUGAAUUUUGUUUCCCAGGUAUCUGUACUCCAAUCUCCUCUCCGUUAUUCCUGACAACAUGUUUGAGGAUCUGAGACAUCUGAGUGUCCUGUAAGUCGAAUAAUUGCUUGUUUCAUUUGACGUUUUAAUUGUACUUUGUGACCUUCUUACGAAUUAAACAUUACUAUAAAAGUAAAAAAGUACACGAAACCGAUCUUACAUGAAGAAUGACGACUUUAAGAACUUAGGUGGCCGCGUAGGAUUGACAAGUAAGAUUACCCUUCAUGGAAAUGAUUAGAUUGUGAUAUUUUGUCAGUCGAGUUGAGUAUUUCGCGGACUGUAGUCAGGUGUAGAAAGAAUCAGAAAGGAAAACUAUUAUGAGACGUUUCAGAUGAUAUUUCAUGAGUGGACUUUGCACAAUUUUUUAAUGUACUCCUCCAAUUUAAGUUGCACUGGCUUAGAACCUAAUUUUCUAAGGAGAAUACAUUUAUUUUUUGGUAAAAACAUGACAAAGCACUUUUCCAGAUGGCAAACAGUCAGUCUGAUCUGAGGUUGUCGUUUCCUUUUCUUUUUCUGCAGCCACCUUGGUAUCAACACCAUCUCCUACGUCGCAGACGAAGCAUUCCGCCAUCUUGGACGUCUGAACGUGUUGUAAGUUUAGAAGGCAACUCAAUUAUUGGGUGUUGUUGUUGUUUUUAAAUAUUGUUUUGUUCGGGUAUGUCUCUGUUUGCUUUUCUUUUGUCUUUGAUUUGACCACAAUUAUUGUGUGACAGACUUCCCACGAUAAGUUCUUUCAUAUUAGAAAUAAAAACUUGUAAGUUAAGGUAUUGUGCAGAUGAAAGAUUUCCGCCAUUAUUUACAUCCACUCAAUUUUGUGACGGUGUAAGGAAUGUCCUCAUCCUAAUGGAUACAGACAGGACCACGAAUCAGCCUCUUCAGGGUCGUUCCUUUGGCGAAGAUUGGCAAGGAAAGAGAUUUAAUCACAAUUUAAAUACAAUACAGUAGAAAAAUGAACGCAGAACGGGAAUAUAACGGAAUUUUGUUCAAGACUUGUCCUCUAAUUUUUCUCACAGAACCAAAAAUGCAUUUUUCCUUUUUUUCAGUUUAAGAGAGUAAAAGAAUUUCACACUUCUACUUUAUUCUUUUCUAGAAAUCUCGAUGCAAAUCGUCUCACUCUUCUUAAUCACAAGACAUUUUAUGGCCUUUCAAAUCUCAAAGAUAUGUAAGUGUACUUGGUACUUCCUCUCCCCCCCUUUCAUCCCAAGGGGUGCCCUGCAUUUCUUGUCAUGAAGCACCUGAAACAGCUGUAAAAGUAAAGGGGUGACUCGAUUGAGGCCUUGAGGGAAUUCCCUGACGAUGCGGUAGAUCGGCAGCAGUAGAACCCAAUAGUUUUUGUCGCUGGACUGAAAGUCUUAAGAUCCCAUGUUCAAAUCCGCCGCUAAGCGACUUAAUUAGAUUUGCCUCUUCCAUUCUCGCACCCAGACCCCCGGUUUCGCUGUGUUUGGUCCAAAGGGCCAGUCAUGCGCAAUAGUGGAAAGCACUGGAGUCGAGAUUGAGUUUCUUCGCAGUCUCCUCUCAGUUUGGAGUCUUAACAAUUCACACCCAUUUUACUGGCUUGAUUAAACGAAUUUAAAUUGAAUUUUCCUCACUGGCUUAGAGGUACUAAAUGGAUUGGGAAUUCAAGGCACAAAGUCAUGUCCUAUAAUUAACUGUGACGUAACCUUCCCAACCAACUUUGCACGCCCCUCUUGAUCUCAUCACGCCAUCCCUCGUUUCAAGAAAAGUAACGCUUGUGUAGGAAGCUACACAAGCCCAACCCACCUUUAAAAAUUUAUGAAAAGUAAACAUUGCCUUAGCGGUAGUUUCCUUGUCUUUGUGAGAUAUUCUUGUUUUCCCCUCCGUUUAGACAUCUUUACUUCAACAAUAUUUCGUAUGUCGGAAAAGGAACAUUCGAUCAUUUCAAGGGAAUAACAAGACUGUAAGUAUGAUUUAUCUAGUUAUGAACUUUGUCCUUUAGUCUAAAGAACGAUAUACUUAAAAUUCUUUUUAUAUUUGCCCUUGACAAUAAGUUUUUUUUUAAGAACACGCCUCAAGAAUGUCAAAAUUCAGGAAACAAAUUAAUCAUGUCGAUAUUAAUUCCCGCUCACUUGUUUAUAUAAGGUUAGGAGUUUAAGAGGGAGUCUUAUUCAAUGAAACGCUUAAAGAGCCCCAGGUACUUGCGCUUCUUACGUGAUUGUUUAAACAAAAGAACCGAUCAUGUACAAUAUUUCCUUGUUCUUACGGAACUCAUCUCCAAUUCCCACCUUCUUGUUGAUCCCACACUGGUUAGAGUUUUUCCACCCAUGUAUCAUCGAGGAUAGCCAAUGUCUGUUUUACCCAUUAGGUUGUGGGAUGUCCCAGAGGCUUACCGCGUGUCUCUGAAACCCAGUGCGGCUAAGACGAGAGGGAGUGGUCUCCGCUGUGAUUGCAACGCACGUUGGUUGAAGGCCUGGUUAUUUGAAAGAAAAUUAGAUGACAUUACAUGUGCCACUCCUGCCCACUUGACGGGGGCCACGGUGACAAAACUGAGGGAUAGCGACUUCGUAUGCGGUGAGUGCCCAUAGCUAAGGAAUAAACACAGGCUAUCUAUCAUACAUACAACACACGGGUAUUUCAAUUGAAAAGUCUCUAAAUUUGGAACGAGUUUAUUUUGCGAAGAACUUUCUGUGAAACAAUCUAGCCUAUCGCGAUGGAAAAAGGCUGUCGCUGUUUCACCUUAGUGAACAAUAGUAACUUCUAAAGUUGCUAGCAAUUAAAUCAAACUCAUCAUAUAUAUGGAGCCACGUGGCUCACUUGGCCGGGGCUUCUCCCGGUUUCCAAAACAUGAUGCAAUUAGGGGUGUUGCCAUUUCCCUAAAAUAGGAUGCUGUUAACCCACCGUAGGUUACUCCCUUACCCCCUUCCCCCACCCCUCCCCGCGUCAGGUUUUUCCUGACAGUUUUCCGGUACUCUUUUUUUCUCCUGGGUGGAGACUGGAGAGAGGCACGGCGAGAAUCAAGUGACAACAUAUGACCUAGUCAGGUCAUCGUGUAUUAACCAAAUAGUAAGCUGAAAAUAAAGUAAGUUGCACGAGUCUGAGUGCCAUUAAUUAUUUUGCAGGUACUUUCAAAGUUGCAGUGUACCCGAAGCAAAUCCUCGCCAUUCUCGGACAAAAUGUUGAAAUUCAUUGCCAUGCAAAUAUGGGCGCCACAUAUCACUGGAUGUUGAGGGGUGUUAAACUGGAAGCUGAUCAGUAUCGUGUCCCUAACCCCCUCGGUCUACUGACGAUCUACGGCUUGGCCGAGGAGGACUUGGGGGAGUACGUCUGCGUUGCUCAGAACGAGGCUGGAUUAGGAGCCAGUUACGCUACGGUUAUCAAUGGAGGUAAGAUUAUAAUACAAUAAAAUGCUGUAAGUGUAAUUGUAAUGCUUUUAUUUGCCAAUUGCUGUUACUCUCUUUUACUUUCCUUCAUCAUUAAGUAAAUGAAGUUGCUAUCUCUGGCCCGUGACUGUCAGAACCCUUCCUGCCUCUUAGUCUCUCAUGCCCCUUUUGUCACUCGCUCGUCUUCUUUCUUUGGUGCCCUAUCGACCCCCAGCGGUCUUUAAAAAAAUAGCACUUUGACUUGUUCACAGUUCGUCCCCAGUUUACCGUGUAUCCGUCAGCAGUUGACGCCACGGAGCCGCUAAAACCAGUGGUGCUAAAAUGCCGAGCGAAGGGAACACCAACACCUGAAAUCAAUUGGUACAAAGAUGGUUUGUUGAUUAAGGGUAGCCCUGAGGAGUCAGGCUUCCAAGUUACCUUGGAAGGCUCCCUGGUGCUCGUGGGAAAGAGGUUCCACAUCACGAGGGAGGGGUCUCUUAUAAUAUUUGAUCCUCGCAUGGAGGACGAGGGGAAAUUCACAUGUGCCGCUGAGAACAAGUUGGGGAAAAUAUCGUAUGAU